AUUUCUGGAAGUAUGAGUAACAACGUGCUCGCGAGCACGUCGUUCUCGAGAAGAAACUGGCACGGUGCACCUGAAUGGAUAAAAGAUGACGGUCUCUUAUCAGUACCAGGUCGCCAGUUCCACCAGCGGUGGAUUCACCAGGCUCCUGCUUAUGUGGCGCGGUUCCCUGUACAAGCUCAUCUACAGGGAACUGCUGCUUUUUUUACUUGUCUUCGGUAUCUUGUCCGCGCUCUAUCGCCACGCCUUCACUGCCACGCAAAGAAGGGAAUUCGAACAAGUCGUCAUCUACUGCGACACCUUGAUCAAAUUGAUUCCGUUGAGUUUCGUGCUUGGAUUUUAUGUGUCCUAUGUGGCGCAGAGAUGGUGGAAGCAAUACACAGCAAUACCAUGGCCCGACAAGGUGAUGCAUCUCGUCGCGCUCUACGUCACGGGAAACGACGAUUACAGUCGUAUGCUGCGCAGAGCCCUGAUGCGUUAUCUAAACCUCUCGUUGAUACUUGUACUACGUUCCAUAAGCUCGGCGGUGAAGAGACGAUUUCCCACUCUCGAUCACGUCGUUGAUUCCGGCUUCAUGACCACGCUGGAGCUCCAAUUGUACCAGUCGGUGCCGAGUGUCGAAUUUAACACCUAUUGGAUACCCUGCACAUGGUUCAUUAAUCUCCUCAAGGAGGCACGCAAGACCCAUCGGAUAUCCGAUGCGCAAGGUUUAAAGCUAAUAAUGGAGGAAUUCAAUGAGUUUCGGACGAAGUGCGGCCUCUUGUGGAGCUACGACUGGGUGUCAAUUCCUUUGGUGUACACUCAAGUGGUGACACUCGCUACUUAUAGUUUCUUCGCAGUCGCCGUAAUCGGACGACAAUACAUUGAGGGCGUCGAGAAACAAUUUCAACUGAAAAUAGACAAAUACGUGCCCAUUUUCACGAUUCUGCAAUUCUUCUUCUUUAUGGGACUAUUGAAGGUAGCUGAACAGCUGAUAAAUCCUUUCGGCGACGACGAUGAGGAUUUCGAGCUGAACUGGCUGAUCGAUCGUCAUACCAAGGUAUCGUACCUCGGAGUGGACACGUUGAUGAAUCGCUGUCCACCGCUCGUCAAGGAUAUUUACUACGACUCCGAAGAUGUGAGCCUGCCAUAUACGGAAGCGGCUGCAGCGUACAAGAAGAAGACUUAUCGCGGUAGCGUGGCGAACAUGAUGGUGCCCGAAGAGAAACAGAUGAUGUUUUUGCCCGAAAUUUUGGAAGAGGAGGAGGAAUGCACGACAAUUUUGACACCUCGUACUUCCACUGCCAGUUUAACGAACCCGAAUGACAAUCCAGUGAACGAAAUGCGCCAGAUCAGCGGGUCCCCUUCAACAUCUGCGAAGAUGGCUCGCAAUUGUUCCGAAACGAUUAUGCAGCUGGAUGGUCAAGAGCAACCACCGAUCGAAACGGAGCAACGACGGGUAAUAGUCGAGGCUGUCCGGAAGUUCACUUUGUUGACGAAGAGCUCGGCAUCUCGCUCUGGGAAACCCUUCUUUCCGGUUCUAACGAAAACUCCUAAGUCAGUGUUGCGUCCUUGGCCGAGCGCUACGAACAUCCAACAUCCUGCUCAGAUAUCGUCGAUUCCGACGCCUGCAAUUCCUACGUCGACUAUCGUUGAGAUUGAAGGUCCAUGGGCGAAAGAUUCGUUCAAGAGCUUGCAUCGUCGGCCUUCCAUGGACUCCGAGGGACGACCCAGCGUUUCAUCGCAGAAUGAGAAGAAGCAAGAAGGUGUCGUGAACUCGGCAUUUGCGGAAGAGAGAGUGGAUAACAUAUCGGACAUUUGUGAUUGCGAUGACACUGAGGAAGGUGAUGAUUGCUCGUUGUCCGGACCUUCACACCAGUCUCGAUGCACACGAGUCUCUUGUCAACAAUCAUUUACUUCAGAGACGAUCGAUAUGUCCGUGAUUAGUGGCGAACCAAUUAGUCUUUCGAGCAUCAAGAGUUCUUCGAAGUACUCGAUAACAAAACGAGACCGGUCGAUCAGCGAUUUCAGGAAGAAGAAGAGUAUCCUCCGGUCGAGGUUGUCUGGCAAACUAUCGAACCGCAGAAGAACCACCGAUAGCAUACCCACGGUAAGCACAAUCUUGAGUCAGACCUGGAGCUCGCCGAACCUGAGCAACUUGGAGGAGCAGGUGAAGACUGCACAAAGUGUCAAAAUUGAUUCUUCUUCUUGUAAGCAGGAGAAAGACCAGGAAGAUUAUAAAUUAUAAAUAAUGUAUUAGG